AUGGUGGUCGGAGUGGUAAAUGGAUAUGAUAUUGAUGCUGACUUAGCAUGUGGUCUAAUUUCAAACGAUUCACUUCUCAUUCAACUCAAAUCAAAUGAUUACAUGCAUUUAAGUGAUUAUCCUGAGGAUUGUGCUGCAAUUUAUCUCAAUGCAAUAGCAUCCCAACAACACGCCGCUACUGGUGUCUAUGAGAUUUGGCCAAGACAAGGUAAACCAAUGAAAGUAUGGUGUGACAUGGAUACAGAUGGUGGUGGAUGGACAGUUUUUCAGAAGCGAGGUGAUUUCACUCCACAAGAAGACUUUUAUCGAACAUGGUUGGAAUAUAAGCGAGGUUUUGGAGAUCUUCAUCGACAAUUUUGGCUCGGCAAUGAUCGUCUAUCAAUGUUGACUAAUCAAGAUCUAUAUCAACUAAGAGUUGACAUGGAAGAUUUUGAUGGAGAAAAACGUUUUGCUCAGUAUUAUAGUUUCCGAACGUCAGAUGAACAAGAUCAAUAUCGGCUAUCACUUGGAUCGUACAUCAAAGGUGAUGCAGGAGAUUCACUGGCUUAUCAUAAUGGUAUGCAGUUUUCAACCAAAGAUCAAGAUAAUGAUAAAAAUCCUAAAUCAUGUGCUCAAGGACACAAUGGAGCAUGGUGGUAUAAUGCUUGUCAUAAUUCAAACUUGAAUGGUGGAUAUUUACGUGGGGAUCAUCCGAAUAUUGAGGCCUCAGGAGUGAACUGGGUUACAUUCAGAGGCUUUUAUUAUUCGUUAAAGACAUCAGAGAUGAAAAUUCGUCCUGUUUGGUUCAAACCUUGA